AUGGCAGAUACGUUCAUCAUGGGAGACGGCGACCAGACCUGGACCACUACAGGCCCCCCUGAAUCCUCUACUGCAGGUACUGAGACCUCUGGCUCUGGUUCCACAGACAGCUCAAGCACCCCAACCCAAGCCGAAACCACCAGAAAGAAGCUUGAAGACCUCAAUGCCUUCCUUGCAAAAGCCUCCGACACCCGCCUUUCCGCCACAUCCAGCCUCAAGGAUCAUCUCAGUCAUCUCGCCCUCCACAUCAAAAAGCUCCAAGAACACCAUGCCGCCUAUCACAACCAAGCCGGGUCCAACGCUCAUGCUGGGAACCCUGCCGAUCUGCAAAUGAUGGUCCACCACAGCCAGAAAAGACGCGAGUACCAAGCCAAGAUCCAAGAGACCUUAGACAAGGGCUCCCAGUUAAUCGAGAAGGCGCGAACUCUGCUCGGAGAGAAAGCAGGAUUGAUGGGUAUUGAGAUUGACAGCGAUGAGAUGAGGGAGUGGAUGGAUGAGUGGGCUGGCUUUGGCCUGGAGCUGACUCAGUUCCAACGUUUGUUGAAUGAGGCCAUAAUGGAGGGACCUUGA